UAACAAAUGUAACAAGAAAUAUACGGAGUAACAAACAUACUAGACUAAAUGAUAAGGCGUCAUCAUCCUAUAUACUUCGUAUAUAAGACGGUUUUAAAAAACUAGGUCUCCAAACGUACUUAAUUUUGAGAGGUAGUGAUGUACUGAACAAAUUUUCUAUCUUAAAUUAAUUAAUGUGUUAGCUAGAAAAUUAAUAUUCUAUCUUUUCUUUUUUGUAGUGAUUAAUACUCCUAUCUAUCUUAAAACAUAGUACUACAUAUAAACAAGCUUUUGGAAUAUAAGAGCAUCGAUAUCCAGCCGUUAGCUAAUUGCUCUCAACUCGUAGCUUGCAUAGGCCCAUAAGCAUUUGUAGCAAUCCAGCUUGUAGUUAGAUUUUAGUCCUGCAAUCAUGUUAUAAUUGCUACAGCUUGUAGCAAUGUCAUAGAUUUUAGUCCUGCAAUCAUGUUAUAAUUGCUAAAAUGGAACACAUAAACUUCCAAAAUGAUUAUAGAAUGCAAGCACAUGAUAUAUUGAUAAAGUGCAAUAUAUGAGUUCGGAAUGGCGGACAGGGUAGGGAGGCGAGCGCCGCCGCUCGAGUGGGAUUUGGAGGAGACAAAAUCAGGCCUAGGUAACGCUGGUUGCGCCUGGCAACGAAGAUGGAAGGAUGGGCCGACCUUUUUCAGCCGCCGAUUGAAGAGGGAACCAACUGUCUUGCAGCAAAACAGAGGGAGUUUUGGUUGCUGCGAUCGAUCUGUUCUUCGAUUGCAUGAUGAAUCUAAAUACCAUCGGAAAGACUGUGUUUUCAAAUGGGGAUCGCAACCUCAGCGCAGAGGUAAUCAUUCUCUUCGGAUUCACUCGCGAUUAGCAAAGGAGUUCAGCCCUUUCUCGAAUUGGGACUUCAAGGGUCAAAAUCAAAACAAUUCUAAGGCAGGGGGUAACCUCAGGGAUUCCAGAUUGAAAUAUGGGCAUGAUUUUACCUUUUCUCAGGCUGUUAACUCCAAGGAUUGUCAGUGUAAAGGGUUGUUACAGGGAUUUGAUGCUCGUGGCAAUAAAUUUAGGGAAGAUAAUAUGUUCAGCCACCGAAAGGGAUUGCUAAAGGGGUCUGCUAAUUUGCAUUCUCGCUUGAGGAAGGAUGACUACAGGGACCGUGAUCUUGACGGGAACCAGGAUCAUAAACCUGCGUUUGACUCUGCUACUCCUGAGUAUGGCAUUUCUAUUGAAAGCAAAGAAUUUCAUUUUAAUUGCUUUCACAAAUCCGUUUGUAUUUCUGAGAUCAAAUCUGGUUUUAUUUCUUCAUUUGUGUUUGAUCGGGAUAAUUUGCUAUGGUUGAGGGAUUCCAUUUUAAAAAUUUCUUUGGAUCGUUGGGUGAAUUCAAGAUUUGAGUUAGGAAACUUUAUUAUUCUCUUCGAUUCAAAUUAUUAUGGUGGUUUUAUCCGGAUCAUUAACAAAGGAAUUAGCUCUAUUUUUGUUCCCGAAGGAAGAUAUGGAUCGGGUUUUAGGGACUUCUUGGCUGGAUUAUUCAAAGCCAUUAAUUUGUUGGCGGGGUUCGAUAUUGAGGGGUUUUCUCCUUCGACAAUCUCGGUGGAUUUGUCCUCAUUGCCUGAUAUGAUUUCUUCUUCCGAUGAAACGAGGGAAUUUAAUGCUUGCUCAAAGAUGGAUGUAAAUGAAGUAGAAAAUGUUUAUUUUCCCAAGCGAAACCGAAUUGGUAAGAACUCUAGGCCAAAUAUCAUUACUUAUCCUUCUCUCCAAGAUCUUAUUACUCAAUUCAGGGCUGAUCAGAUGAUUUUAGACAAAAAGAUGAAACCUGAGGCUUCGGCUCAGGAUGUCACAAUUUCUUCAUUUAUUUCUACAACGACUUCUCCAGUUAUAGCUGAUCAGAAUGAUUUAAUUGAGGUCACUGAAGAUUGCUGUUUCACUCCAGUUAUUUCUCGGCGUAACAAGAAAAAACUUGCUAUUCAAGCUUCAUCUAUGCAGACUAGAUCACAAUCGCGCUUGAAAGCUUAAUCUUUAGCUUAGUUUGCUUUCCGUAGCUUAAUCUUCUUGUAGUUUUUUUUUCCUUAGUUUUUUUUCAUUAGCUUUUUGUUUUUUUUUUAAAUAAAUUUGGUAAGUGUUCCCCGACAUUUACCCCACAUUUGAGUGGUUUACCUUUCGGGAUGCAAAAAAAAAAAAAAAAGUGCAAUAAAAAAAAAGAGCAUUUGUAGCAAAAUUGAAAUGUACUAUACAAUGGUUAACUAUAGCAAUUUCCUCUUCAUUUAUUAUUAGUAAUGCUU